AUGAUAUUAGAUUAUGGGCAUUUUGGAGAUGUGCUGACAUUUGAUACCACGUACAAACUUGUUCAUGGGAAUCGGUCUUUUGCAAUUUUUCUCGGUUUGAACCAUCACUGGGAGACAGUUGUGUUUGGAGUAGCUUUCAUGUAUGAUGAGACAACCGAUUCUUUUGGUUGGUUAUUCAAUACAUUCUUGAAUGCCAUGUCCCAUAAAGCACCAAGGACGAUCUUGACUGACCAAGAUGCUGCAAUGGCAAAGGCAUUAGUCCAGGUCAUGCCUGAUACAAAACACCUUCUAUGUACAUGGCACCUAAUGCAGAAUGCCCAAAAGCAUCUAAGAAAUUUGUCUGUUGGUGGGAAAGGCAUAAAAAGUGUGAUAUCUAAAUUAAUGUACGAAAUUAACUGUGAGGAAGAAUUCUUACUGGAAUGGGCGUGGAUGGAAAAGGAAUUUGCUGUAGAGAAUAACAAGUGGUUGGCCAACUUAUUUGGUUUGAAACAUGUAUGGGCCAGAGCAUACGUUAAACAUGUGUGGUCGGCUGGUAUGCGUACUACACAGCUUAGUGAGAGCUUCAAUGCUCGCUUAAAACAGUACUUAGUGAGACAAUAUGCACUGCCAGAGUUUUUCAAGCAUUUUGAAACGCUUUUGUUCGACAAACGAUACAAGGAGUGUGCAGCUGAGUAUGACUUGUUGCAUAAGAUGCCCAGGCUGAAAACAAGGUCUUCUAUUUUCUAUCAAGUCAGAUGUCUGUACACUACUAACAUCUUUGACCUUUUUCAGGAACAGUUAAUAGUAGCUGGCAUGAGUGAAAAUGUCCGGCAGUGCAACGACCUUGGUAAUGGGGUUUUUUCAUUUGAAGUUGUGGUUUAUAAUGAUAACUUCCAUCGGGUCGUCACAAGGACAGAUGAUGACUUAUUAUCAUGUUCAUGUGGAAAAUUUGAAAUAGAGGGUAUCAUGUGCAGCCACACUCUGAAAGUCCUUAAAGAUGUGAUGUAUGCCAAUGAAAUACCCAGCCACUAUAUUUUAAAAAGGUGGACCAGAAAUGGGAAGGAUGGCAGGGUGGAAGACAUACUUGGCAGCGAUGUUAUUACAGAUCCUAGAUUAGAAAUUAGGCGACGACACAGGGUCCUUUAUCGUUAUCUAACUAAAAUUUCUGCCAUUGCAUCAGUGAGUGAGGAGGGAUUCAACAAUGUUUUGGUGCAGGUGAAAAUUUGA